UUUUUUUUUAUGACUUUAGUUUCUCAAUUAAAAGAAAGCUUUGCAAUUGCUCCCAUUAAAGACCGAGAAGAAAUUGUUAAAAAGUUAGCGGCUGAUAAUACAGAAGAUGCAUUCUACUAUCAGGGACUUAUUAUACUUCAAAAGAUUUAUGACCAAGUGAUGAAGUAUGAAGACCCAGUCAAGCCUCGCGAACCAAAUUCAAUUGAAAAAGAGUUAUCAUGUGAAAUGAAAACACUUUUAGCAAAAUUUAAGACGCAUAAUAAUCAAUUUUAUGAACUUAAUGCUCGUUUUCAUCUUUUGAUUUAUCCCUUUGAUACCGCUGCUUCAGUCGAAUUUAUCAAGACAUCUUUACAUCUUGAUUUACAACAAUCUACUGAUAACGAUAAGCCUAUCCUGACAAUCGAUAACUAUAAGGAUCAGAGUGAUAGUUCUCCUACAGAUGUUAGAACACGAUCGACUACACCAUCAAUUUUUAACAAGCAACUAAUUGAUAGCACAGAAUUAAUCAAACAAAGUUUCAAAAGACUAUCUUCUGAAGAUACAGUUCUCGAUAUUAACUCGUUCGCAUUUCCUUAUCUUGAAUCCUUUUGGAAGGAUUUGAAUGAAGAUGAGGAGACUGCAUUACUGAUAAGAAUUUUUGAUUUCCCAUCUGAACACGUUUUUGGUCCAAAAAUUAUAGAUCGAUUAGCUAAACUUUGGAAAACUCAAAUAGAUCAAAAUUCUGCACCAAGCAAGAAUUUUGAAAAUUUACCUUUUCAAAAUCUUACCAUAGCUCAAAUGGAACAACUAAUUGAUACUAUUCCUGAUAUUGUGUUCUUAUAUGAAAACUUCAUCUUGACUUAUCUUGAAAAAUUAGCUCCUACCGAAUAUUAUGAUAUUCAGUUUGAUCAACCAAUUUCAUUUUGGGAUGAUGAUGGUAAUAUAUUAAACUCUUAUUUGGAGCGCUUAGAUGCCUUUGUGAAUAAGUUACCACCAAUUUAUUAUCAACUCAAGUCGGCUGUAAAGUUUCACAGACUAAGAGUUGAUAUUGUAAGAAAAGCAUUUGAUAUGGAGCGAUUUAUUAAAUAUUUAUCUGGUGCUACUUUAAAUACCUCUGCCAAUCUAACUCCUACUCCUUCUCACAUUGGCUUUAGACAGGCUUUCAAUGAUAACAGAAAUAUUAAUAGUGAACCUAAUCAUAACUUAUCAAUCCCAUUUAUGGGUUCUUGCAAUAUUAGUGAAUCUGAUAAACAUUCCAUGAUCAAAGAUUACUUAACUGGAUUAGUUCAGCAAAACAAACUUACCAUGUCUAUUCAAUCACUUGGUGCUUUCAUAGAUUUUCAUAACUUUUUAAAACCUUUAUAUGCUAAAAUUAUGUUAACAAACGCUUCUUCAACGACUCAAGAAUCAUGGAUAAAUGAUCUUGGAUUUGACGAAUACAAAGCUUUAAUAAAUAAGACUAUAGUCUCAUUUUCCCCUUCUACUUCAAAGAAAUCUUAUAAAAGAAAACCUACAGAUGACAUUUGCUUAGAGGUGAUCACUAAAAAUAUAUCCUGUUUAACAAUCCGUGUUUUUCAAAUUGAAACAGAAAAUUACUGGCGGUUACAUUUAAAUGAUACAAUAGAUGAUGAGACUACCGCUAAUAACAAAAUCAAGUUGGAUGGCCUUCAACCUACUUUUGAAACAGAUAUAAACAGUUUUAGUUCUGUACCUGCCCUACAUGUAGAAACAACAAAGUUUGAAUUUGGUGGACAAAACGGUCUUGCUCAGGAUGUGUUUAAUGGCCGUGGUCUAUGGGUUAUUGAUUUUGUUGGAGGUCAACAUCAAUGUAAAGCUAUUGUUCAAAAAGGUUAUUUGAAGUAUGUUAUGCAACAGACUUGCGCUGGCCAUGUUUUUAGAAUUUUGGAUGAAGAAGGCUUUACUAUUGAAAAAACAAAAAUAUGGUGCAACAAUCAAUAUUAUGAGUCUGAUGAUCAUAACAAUAUUUUGAUUCCUUAUUUACCUCCAGAUGAAGAUGCAAAAAUGACUAAAAUGAUAAUGAUGUCUUGUAAAGAUGGAUUUUGUGAAGUUGGAACGUUCUAUCAUUUAACUGAGCAAUACAAAUUAGAAGCGUCAUUCUAUGUAAACCCUGAAAUGACUUACUCCAAUAAAAAAUCGAGAGUAAUCGUUAUUCCUAAAUUGACACUCAAUGGUUUAGCUAUUCCUCUUUCACUAAUAGAAGAAAGGAUGAGUUUAGUUGUGGAAAGUUCCACUGUUAAGGAUGUUAAGAAAAGCUCUACUUAUCAAAAUAUACCUUACAAUACUAAUCCAAUAAUAUUUGAGUUUGUAGUUCCUGAUCAAUUGGUUAAACUUAAUUUUCGGCUUGUUGCAAAAAUCAAGACAUUACGUGGAACAUUACAAAAUCUUGAAGCUUCACAUACUAUCCUUAAUAAGCCAACUAUUAAUAAUUCUGGUAUACCUGCUAGCAUUCAUCUUAGUAAAUCACGUAAUAAUACAUAUACACUUCAUGCUUUUGGAAAGAAUGGUGAAAUUAGAAAGGACUGUGAGGUUUCACUUAGACUUAAACAUUUAUGUGUUGAUCGUGUUGUCGAAACUCUUUUGAAAACGAAUGAGAAAGGGAUUAUUCAAUUAGGCGACAUGAAAGAUAUUAUUUGGAUAGAAUGUAGUUGUGCUCGAAGUACUUAUAAACAAUAUUUUCUUAAAGAUACUUUCCGAGCAAUAUUACCAUCAUCUUUUUGUAUAUCUCCUAAUACUUUAUUUAAAAUAUCAUGCUCUACUGACUUUCAUGAUGCAAUGUAUUCACUUUAUGAAAUUGGAUUACAAGAAAUGAUUAUCAAAGAUUUGACUAGUCAUAUUGUUAAAGAGGACAACUCUAUUACUAUUCAAGGUUUACCAGAAGGAGAGUAUAGGUUAUACAUAGCCUCUCCAAUAGGGCAAAUAGAGGAAAUAAAUUUCACAGUUAUCCAAAGUCAGCAAGAUUCUUCUGAAAAUCAACAAGACCUCUGGUCCGAAUGGAUUAUUGGUGAUAACAAAUACGCAAAACAAUGCAAGACUCUCUUGCAACGGCCUCUUGGUAUUUCAGACGUUAAAUUAUCUGAUGAAAUAAUCAAGAUUAAACUUCGUAAUUGGUCAUCAAAAACAUUUGCUAUUGUUACUACAAACACCUUUGUUCAUGCACAUAAUGAAACUAUAGCCAACUGUAUUCUAGAUCGGAAGCAACUUCCUGAUUAUAAUACCUAUAAGAACGGUGUAUUGGCUACUCGUUCUAUAAUUCUAGAUGAUAAGCUUAUUAGUGAUGAGUAUCAAUAUAUUCUGAAUCGAUCUAGAGCAGAAAAAUGGAUAGGCAGUAACUUGACAAAACCCUCAUUACUUAUAUGCCCAAAGAAAAGAACAAUUACUGAUUCUAAUUUAAGACAUAUAAAUCAAGAACGAGUAUUACUAAAACAAAAAGGAAUACAAAGAUAUGCUCAUCCUGCUUCUUUACAAUCAAGAAUGAUGAAAACUUGUGAUAUAAAUCCUGUAUCUAAUUGCUAUGACAUAUUAGAUAAUAAUAAUACUAGCGAUUUAAGUUUAGACUUUUUGGAUCAUAAUUCUUCUAUAUUAUUAUCUUCUGUUUCAGAUAACGAUGGUUUCAUUACUAUUGACCGUAAUGCUUUAGGUCAGGGAGGUCAGAUUCUUCAGGUCAUCAUUAUAUCUGAUGAGCAAGCUAUAUCCUAUCAAACUGUAUUAAAUGAUGAACAGACAUUGCGUUACAAAGAUCUUCGUCAAAAUGCUGAUAGUAAUAAGGCCCUUAUUUGUGCAAGAACAAUUUCUAACCUACUUCCUGGUAAUACAUUGAAAUUAAAUACUCAUGAAUAUGAAAUAAUUGAUAGUGUUGAAAAGCUGUUCGAUACAAUUAAGCUUAUUUCCCCUGUUGGUAAGGCUUUUGCUGAAGAAUUUUAUUUUUUAAAGACAUGGUCUAGCUUAACAUUAGAAGAAAAACUAAAGAUUUAUGAAAAACAUGCGUGCCAUGAAUUUAAUCUUUGGUUAAAGAAAAAGAAUAAUGCGUUUUUCAACAAUUACAUAAAAUUCGCUAUUCAGAGUAAAAUUCAAAAAUCAUUUAUGGAUUUGUAUCUUUUGGACGAAGAUCUUUCAACAUAUUGCCAAAGUAUCUAUAAAUUUAAUCAACUUUCUAUGGUUGAAAAGACACUUUUAGCUACUACCCAAUCUAAAGAGUUUUUACAAAUGGUUUUAAAGAUUUUUAAAGAACAAUUUGAUGAUAAAGAAUUAAAUAAUUCAUCAGACACUAUAUUUGAUUCUAUUUUGGCUCACAGUACUAUUUCUGAUGAAGAACCUAUUCAUACAAAUGCUUCUAAAUCCUUUACAGAAAGUGAGGAAUGUAUGACAUCAAAUUUCAUGGCUCAAGAAACACCCUCUGGUUCUUUUUAUCCAUUUUUGAACCAAUCAUCUGCAUAUCCAUCUGCUGCCUUAUUUGGAUCUGCUCCUAGGACUGCUAUGCCUUUGCCAAAUAACACUUCAAAUCUAUUUGGUGCUUCAUCUACUGCUUCUAAUACAUUAUUAUACUCUAAUGUUUCUACUGAUGAUGAUGAAGGGCCUGUUGAUAACUUACAAUUAAAUAAUACCGAAGAUGAAGUUUACAAAUUAAGAGAAAAAGCAAGAGAGGAUCAGAAAAAAGCAUCUUAUAAGUUUAUUGGUUCUACUAGUGAAUGGUCCGAAAUUGGAUACUAUAAUGAUAGUGUUCAAGUUGCUCUAAAACAAUUUUGGAUUGAUUAUCUUAAAUGCUAUAAUGCCAGAAAUAACCGUGAAUCUCUUUUAUUUUUGUCUGGAAACUUUAUACACGCUUUGGAUAGCAUUACAGAGGUUCUGUAUGUUAUGAGUUUGAUUGAUUUACCCUUUUCUUCCAAAACUAAUUGGAAUAUCGAAGUACACGAUAUGUCUGAUUUGAUUAUAUCAACUUCAACUUAUCCUUUAAUGGUGUUUCAUCGUACUCUAACUGAAAGUCAAGAAAAACAUCUUGCAAGUAACAAUCAAAAUAGCUUAAUACUUUGCCAAGAACUUUUCAUUGUUGAUGAUUCUAUGUCUAUUCAAACUGAAGAUUUAAUUAAAAUUAGUCCUGAAAGCCAACCCUUAGAAACACAAGUUGAGUAUGGAACGCAUCUUAUUCUUAGCAAUAUUUCUUCCAAGACACUUGUAUGCCAGAUACUGGCUCAAAUACCCGUUGGCUCUGUUCCUAGCCAGAAUACUCCUUAUUGUAAUUCCAAAACCAUAUCUAUUGAACCUUACUCUUCGUGGCAUGAUGUCGUUGGCACUUUUUAUUUCCCCGAAGCAGGCAAUUUUUCUAUGACACCAAUUACUGUUACAUCAUCUUCAGGGGACCAGUUUUUGGGAUUGAUAGAUUCCGUAGAUAUUUGUGUCAUUAAUCAAACUACUAAUAGCAAUGUUACUUCAGAAACAAACUCUACUCCUUUAAUGUCAUGGGCGAUUAUUACAGCUAGCAAUGAUACAAACAUUAUAAAAUACUUGGAGACAUGUCGAACAUUAGACAAACUUGAUUUUACAUUGAUUGGGUGGAGAAUGACAGAUAAAAUGUUUGCUCGACACGUGUUUGAUAUACUAAUAAAGCGACGCUUUUUCUCUCGAGAUCUAUGGAAAUAUGGAAUCUCUCACCAAUUUGAAGAUAUCAUACGUGAUCUGCUUUAUUACGAAAAAUAUCAGUUACUAGAAUCAGUUGGCCAUGUAUUUGAGUCUCCAUUGAUUUACGAGAACAAAAUGGAAAAUCAGGAGUUGAAAGUUCUUGAUUAUUAUCCUCUCCUAAACGCUCGUAUCCAUUCAAUUAAGAACUCAACAAAUGAAAUUUUAAAUCAGCAAUUUUUUAAGCAAUAUAAUGAAUUUCUUAGCUAUUUGUGUUUGAAAUCUACCCCAUGUACUGCUAAUGAGCUUAUUAUCUUAACUUUAUAUCUACUUUUACAAGACAGAAUUGGUGAAGCUCAUUCAACCUUUGCUAGAAUAAACAGAGAAAAGAUAGCAUCUUGCCAAGUACAAUACGAUUAUGUUGAUGCUUAUUUAAAAACACGCAUACCUAUCAAUGCAGAUAAUCAGUUACAGAUAUUAGAUCUUCAAUCUAUCAAAGAUACAACUCAAAAAUAUAAAGAGUUUGGCAUUUUGAAAUGGCGCAAAUUGUUUACUGACUUGUAUAAUUUUAUUUGCGAAGUAGAACAAGGUGAUCUGGCUAUAUCUGAUGAUACCCUUAGUAGUAAAAAUAUUCAUUCAGAACCUAUUUUGGAAUUUGAAAUUGAUCAACAUAGCAAUGAAUUCGUUAUUCAAUAUGCCAACUUGAAAACUAUAGAUAUCAAAUAUUACGAAAUGAAUAUUGAAGUUAUGUUUUCGGAUAACCCGUUCAUGAUAAAUCAAAAUGUUAGUCAACAAUCAAGCAUGCCUUACAACAAAUUUAAUUGGAUUAAACCUAGUUACACUACAACCAUAAAUUUACCAAAACAAACAAAUAUGCUUGAUGAUUUUGAGGUAAUUGGAGUAAGCCAAUUAAACUCUCUUCAGACUGUCAGAAUACCUUUCAAGGAUGGACAUAAAAAUAUCUUUGUAGAAGUUUCUAGUGACUCCCUUAAAAGAUACCAAGCCUUUUUUUCAAAUCGUCUAAGUAUACAUGUCGUAGAAUCGUUAGGUGUGAUCCGUGUGAUGAAUGAACAUACCAAGUACCCUAUUGCUGGAGCCUAUGUAAAGGUUUAUGUUCGUAUGAAACAAGGCCAUAAAGUUGAAUUUUGGAAGGACGGAUAUACUGGUCUGAAUGGAGUUUUUGAUUACGUUGGAGUUACAGAAGGAAACGCUUUAGUGGGUAACCAACAAGACUUGAAAAUGUUAAUGGAGAAUAAGAUAGAUAAAUUGAGCAUUUUAGUUUUAAGUAACGAAGACGGGGCUAUGGUAAAAGAAGCUUAUCCACCUUUAAUCUCUCAUUAAAGAAUACAUAUAUAAUAUUAUCUUCAAUACAUAAAGAAUAAACAAAUAAAGCAUUUAUAUAACAUGAUCUAUAAAUUA